GGUCUUGGUGACACCAACCAUCUGAGCCUCCUCCGCUUUUCAAAGGGAAAAAACGAAGCAAAACACUGUUUUUUCUGGUGUUUGACAUUUUGAGUGACAAAAAUGCUGAGGAAGUUGCUGUUUCAACAAACUCCCAAAGCUUAUCGGUUCCUGUCUACUCAGUCAACACUUCCUUUACGCAACAAAGGCUCUGUUUUCUCUUAUUGUUCAUCAUCGCAACCCGAAAUCCCUCCUAGUAAUUCCAUCGAACAGCUUCAAGACCAACCCGAGAAAACCAUUUCCAUUGACCGUUCUGGACUCUACAAUGCUCCUGAGCAUUCUCAUGAACCUUCCACAGACUCUGAACUUGUUAAACAUCUCAAAGGCAUUAUUAAGUUUCGUGGUGGGCCGAUAUCUGUGGCGGAAUAUAUGGAAGAAGUCUUAACAAAUCCCAAGGCUGGGUUCUAUAUCAACCGAGAUGUCUUUGGAGCUGAAGGUGAUUUCAUAACAUCUCCUGAAGUAAGCCAGAUGUUUGGAGAGAUGGUUGGUGUUUGGGCUAUGUGUUUAUGGGAACAAAUGGGACAACCAAAGAGGGUGAACUUGGUUGAGCUUGGCCCUGGCCGAGGAACUCUAAUGGCUGAUCUUCUUCGUGGUGCAUCGAAAUUUAAAAUUUUUAUGGAGUCAUUGCAUAUACACAUGGUAGAAUGUAGCCCAGCACUGCAAAAACUUCAGCACCAAAAAUUGAAAUGCAUGGAUGAAGAUAGUACCACUGAAGGUGUUGAUAAAAUGUCUCGAAGCACACUGGCUGGGACACCUGUAUCAUGGCAUGCGACACUGGAACAAGUUCCAACAGGAUUGCCCACCAUAAUUAUUGCCCAUGAAUUUUAUGAUGCACUUCCAGUUCAUCAAUUUCAGAGGGGUUCUCGUGGCUGGUGUGAGAAAAUGAUAGAUGUCACGGAAGCUUCAUUGUUCCGUUUUGUUUUAUCCCCGCAACCUACACCUGCAACUCUUUACCUAAUGAAACGCUGCAAGUGGGUUGUCUCCGAAGAAGUAGAGAAGCUUAAUCAAAUAGAGGUUUGCCCCAGAGCAAUGGACUUAACUUAUACACUAGCGAAGAGAAUAGGUACUGAUGGAGGUGGUGCACUUGUUAUUGAUUAUGGCCUGAAUGGAGUAGUGUCAGAUAGUCUGCAGGCGAUUCGGAAGCACAAGUUCGUUAACAUACUAGACAACCCUGGGAGUGCUGAUCUUAGUGCAUAUGUUGAUUUUGCAUCCAUCAAGCACUCUGCCGAGGAAGCUUCAGAUGAUGUAUCAGUUCACGGCCCUAUUACUCAGUCCCAGUUCCUCGGUUCCCUUAGAAUAAAUUUCCGAGUUGAAGCUCUGUUACAAAACUGCAAAGAUGAACAAGCUGAAUCUCUAAGGACCGGAUAUUGGCGUUUGGUCGGUGACGGCGAAGCCCCCUUUUGGGAGGGGCCAGAGGAACAGGCACCGAUCGGUAUGGGAACCCGUUACAUGGCAAUGGCCAUUGUUAACAAGAAGCAAGGCAUCCCAAUUCCAUUUCAAUGAAGUUUUAAAUAGCAUUGUUAUAUUAUGUUUUCCUAUUACAAUUUAAUAAAGCUAGAUUUUCAGUUGUCUGAAUCUUCAUUUCAGUUCCACCUAUGAUGAUAUAAU